UCGAGACAAAACAUUUUUAAGGAGAAGUAACAAAAGCAAAAGCUUUUCCAGGGCGUGUGCCUUUUGCAUUUGCUAGGGCGUUAGAAGAAUGCUGCUUGAGCCACGAGUGAAGGGCGGGUAGUGGUUUGUUUUCCCGACUUAAGUGCAGCCAUCGAAGUUCUGUCCCAGCAAAACUAUACCCUCUUUUCUUGGGGUUUUUAUAUUUCAGUGUUGUAGUACAAGUAUGCUUUGGGACAGAAGGUGCAGUCAGUUUUUAAAGUUUCAGCUUGGAUUUCAGCGGUGAUUUUUUUACCUGUUAAUUCACGAUAUUGCAUGUAGGAAAAGGUGCUUUCUUCAACUGGUAGUAAAAAAUCGGUGCCUAAAAGCAAAGGCAGAUAGGGUAGAGACAAUAGAUCUGGGGUUUUUUGCACCCAUUCCUAGUAGUCGGGCUUGUAGGCAUGCACAGGAAUAGAUUCUCAAUCAAAGUUCUCGUGGAACUUUGUGCAUGCUGAAUUAUUAGAUGUCUUGGAUGGGGAAAGCGUGUGACCUUUAAAAAAAUUGUGCCAAAGUUUUCUUUAGUUGUGUUUAUUUUUGAGAAUGCUGUACAGAGGCAAAUCUUUCUAGCUUACCCAAUACUGUUUAAAAAGCUAUUAUGAUAUGUAGAUUUCGUGGUGUCUGAUCACACAAAGCAUGCGAGGGAUGGCUUUCAAAGCUGUUAAGACUUUGCAUCUAUAAGGUACCGCAAAAAAGCAUUAAGAAGUUGCUCUCAAUUAUAACUCAGAUGUUUUUGAGAAUGUGACUGCUCUGUUGUGUCCAUGGGAGCUGCUGAACUGUCAGAUCUUUGUAAAUGCAGUCUUCAGAUGGAGUUACAACCAUGACUCUAUAAUCUUAUGUGAAAACUAUAAUCUUCUUUUAAGUGGUGGAAAAGUCAUCUCUCUCCUCAUAACUAAAAUGGGGCUGGCUAGGUUUUAUGUUCAGUGCUGCACAGAAGAUCAAAGCUUUUCAGAUAGAACUUUAUAAAUUUUGUGACAAGGCUCAAGAGGGUCUUAAAUAUUUCUAAGCUAUGAGUGUGGCUGUGUUUAAAGCUGAAGACGUUGUAAACUCUGUGGGCCUUGUAGUGAAAAUAUCUUCCCUCACGUCAUGAGCAUUUUGAGUUUCAGUCCAGUGUUAUAUGCCCAGAUAGUAUGAAUUGGCAUGUGCUGGCUGAGCCCAGAUGAGAAAGUAGCCUGUAGCAGCUGCCGUGGUGCCUUAUAGCCAUAAGAGUUAUGAGUUUCAGCAGUGUGACACUCAGGUGGUGCUAAACUUGGUCUCAAACUUCCCUUCCAAAACUGCCUGAUCCAUUGAGAAGACCCGCAGUAGAAGCCUUUGCUGUACGACUUGUACUGCUGAUGCCAGUAGAGCUCUGAAAACGGGGAGAAGAUCCCAGUGCCUUCGUCCAAGGAUGGUUUGCAGGGAAACUUCUUCAGCGCAGUGCUGAAUAUUCAUUGAGAAUAUUCUAACCUAUGAUGAAUCUUUCUGUAAUUUGUGUUUUGCAUAUAUGAUUAAGCAGCGUUGGCCAAAAGCCUGGUGACAGCACAAGGCUCUGGAAUGUCUCCCUGUUGCCUGGGCAGUUUAUUCACGUUAGCUUACUUCCGUGAGCAUAAUCGCUCCUUUUAAAGUCCUCCUCAACUCAGGAGUGCCACUGCUAUUGAGCAAGCCGAAAUUAUACACGCUGCAGAGAGAAAGGACAGAACAUCGCAGUUGUACCGGUUUGGGAGCAAAAUAUGGAAUGUGUUUCACUGCUGACCGAAGGCAGCCAAAUGAACAGUAUUUAUAGUAGUUUGAAAAUCAGCAGUUAGCAGUUUCUUCACAUUCUAACACUACCCAGCACUUUCCAGAGAGAACUCAUUGUUUACAAGAAAUCUGCUUUCCAAAUCCGUUGCGGUGCCCUCCAGCCUUGACUAUUAACUAUUUGCAAAGGGGAAGCUAAUCUACGGUUUGAGGAAAGAUGGCAAUGGAUGAUUACCUGUGGAUGGUCAUUGUGGGUUUUAUCAUUGCUUUUAUUUUAGCCUUUUCAGUUGGUGCAAACGAUGUUGCCAAUUCUUUCGGAACGGCUGUGGGCUCUGGUGUUGUUACUUUACGCCAGGCUUGCAUUUUGGCUUCAGUUUUUGAAACCACUGGCUCAGUAUUACUGGGAGCAAAAGUAGGAGAAACAAUUCGGAAAGGUAUCAUUGAUGUUAACCUGUACAACAGCACUGUCCGACUGCUGAUGGCAGGAGAAGUGAGUGCAAUGGUUGGUUCUGCUGUUUGGCAGCUGAUUGCAUCGUUCUUGAAACUCCCUAUAUCAGGGACCCAUUGCAUUGUAGGUGCUACGAUUGGAUUUUCCCUGGUGGCAAUUGGCACGCAGGGAGUCCAGUGGAUGCAGCUUGUCAAGAUUGUUGCCUCUUGGUUUAUUUCCCCACUGUUAUCUGGUUUGAUGUCUGGAGUCCUCUUUGUGCUGAUUAGAUUCUUCAUUUUAAACAAGGAAGACCCUGUGCCCAAUGGUCUCCGCGCACUUCCAGUGUUUUAUGCUGCUACCAUAGCUAUUAACGUGUUUUCCAUCAUGUACACGGGGGCACCAGUACUGGGACUGGUACUGCCAAUGUGGGCCAUUGCUCUAAUAUCAGUUGGUGUAUCCUUAGUAUUUGCCAUCUUAGUGUGGAUUUUUGUGUGCCCCUGGAUGAAGAGAAAAAUAGAAAGCCGAUUAAAGAAAGAUGCUGCACUGUCAAGGAUAUCAGAUGAAAGUCUUGAUAAAAUUCAAGAUGAAGAAACACCAGUCUUUAAAGAGCUUCCCGGUGCCAAAGCAUCUGACGAGAGCACGAUUCCCCUUACUGGCUCAGUAACAGAAGCUGCUGGGGCAUCAGAUACUAUUGCAAAUGGAAACCAUCCACGUGUACCGUAUGGAAGAGCAUUUUCGAUGACGCACACCUCGGUGAAAUCACCUGUUUCCAACGGCACCUUCAGCUUCGAUGGCCAGAUGAGGAGCGAUGGCCACGUUUAUCACACUGUGCACAAGGACUCAGGUUUAUACAAAGACUUGCUCCACAAAAUACACCUGGACAGGGCCACCGAUGAGAGGCCCGCUCAAGAAAACAACUACAAACUGUUACGACGCAACAACAGCUAUACUUGUUAUACAGCUGCUAUUUGUGGUAUGCCCGUGCAUUCCUCCUUUAAGGCAGCGGACACGUCAACUCCAGAGGACAGUGAGAAGUUAGUGGGAGACACUGUUUCCUACUCCAAGAAGCGAGUUCGCUACGACAGCUACUCCAGCUAUUGCAAUGCAGUGGCCGAGGCAGAGAUUGAGGCGGAGGAAGGUGGGGUGGAAAUGAAGUUGGCCUCUGAACUCGCAGAUCCUAACCGGCCCCCAGUUGAUCCCGUGGAAGAGGAUAAGGAAGAGAAAGACACAUCUCAGGUCCAUCUACUUUUCCACUUCCUCCAGAUCUUAACAGCCUGCUUUGGAUCCUUUGCCCAUGGAGGUAAUGAUGUCAGCAAUGCAAUCGGUCCCCUCGUUGCACUGUGGCUUAUCUAUGAGCAAGAUGGUGUAAUGCAAGAAGCAUCGACUCCCGUCUGGCUGCUGUUUUAUGGAGGUGUUGGGAUCUGUGUGGGUCUCUGGGUCUGGGGUAGAAGAGUUAUCCAGACCAUGGGUAAAGACCUCACUCCAAUCACACCAUCAAGUGGAUUCACUAUUGAGUUGGCUUCGGCGUUCACAGUUGUGGUAGCUUCCAAUGUUGGACUUCCUGUCAGUACUACACACUGCAAGGUUGGCUCUGUGGUGGCCGUCGGCUGGAUCCGCUCCAAGAAAGCCGUCGACUGGCGCCUUUUCCGCAACAUCUUCCUGGCGUGGUUUGUGACUGUGCCGGUGGCCGGCUUGUUCAGCGCCGGGGUGAUGGCGCUGCUGAUGUACGGGAUCCUGCCUUACAUCUGAAGAGCCGUCUCCAGAGGGAAAAGGGGAAACGGCCAAGCUACUACCGAGGGGAGAAGCGUUCCCAUGAAAGAACCAGUCAGAGAGGAUCCAUCUUCCAUAUCUAACUUCUUAUCUACUGUACAUAACAAUGUGUCAUAUUGGUGACAUGGUGAUGUGGUGCCAUUUCUUAUAUAUUAAAGAAAUAUAUAUGCAUAUAGUAGGUAACAAUACCUAAGUUAUAUUAUCAGUGGGGUGAAAAUAAUUGCCUAGAAUUUAAUAUUUAGUAAAAUUUGUACAUAGUGUAUCAUUUUGGUGGCAAUUUUUUAAUCUUUUGAAGAAGAGUAUGGAUUAGGAAAUGUUUCUUGUCCAUUUGAUAUAAGAAGAAGCGAGGUACAGGACUGUGUAACACAUGAAUUUUUUUAAAGCUAUUAAGAUACUGGAACAAAAUAAAAUGUGCAGAAGUGCUUUUCAUAAAAUAACUUUGUUCAUAUCAUAUUGACCUUUGUGUGUCAUAGCGUGAUGGUUAUGGCUGUGUAAAUACUUACAAACAGUAACUUUUAAAUGGUGCAUUUCCCUUAUAUAUUUUGGAUAAGAAAGUUUAGGAAGUACCAAAGAAGCAGGGGAAUAGCUUGCCGAUAUUAUGUUGCUGUCUACACGUGUGGGCGUGUGUUGUUUUCCCACCUCUAAUUCAACGUUGUUUUCACCAGGCUCCUGCCAGCGAGGCUAGGAUAGUACUGUUCAUGUCUUAAUGUAACUUUAAAAAAAAAAAAGCACACAGAAAAGUUAGUUCUUGUUACUUAGUAGGCAGACCAUAGUUCUCCACAUUAGCUGAUAGUAGACAGACUUCAUUUUGUGGGUUGAAUUUGAAGUUUCACUGCUCACCUUCUACCUUUCCCCUUCAAGUCUCAGCUCCUGGUUGCCCUGCUGUCAAUUCCAGCAGGAGAAUGGACUGUCAGUCUCCCCCCUUUCUGUCCAUCCAGCCACAACCACACACUCUCAGGUACAGGAGUGGGACCGCGGGGUGCUCGGCACCCCCACAUACAGAAGCGAAGGGCAGCAGCAGGUAGGAAACAGGCUUAGCCCUGGUUUUGUGGUUGAAGGUACGGGUGCCCGUGGGAGAGCUGACCCACGCAGGGGCUGGCGUGAGGAGCACGGCGAGGAUGCGAGCAGAUGCUGGGUCUCCCCCAGCAUAUCCCAUCCCACGCCACAGCCUGCCAGCCUCCCACUGUGCUGUCAACCGCAAGGAGGGGACGGGAGCCUGGCCCUGCGUGGAUGGAGGUUGCGUGGUAACCAGCAUUUGGGAUGAGAUUUUUUUUCACGGCAGCUCAGGGGGAAAUGACUAACUACAUCCUCUUUGGAAAGCACAUUUGGGUGAAGGUUACUGUUUUGUGGGUGGGAGGCAAAGGGCAAGGGGUGCCUGGACGAGGUUGGGAAUCUAUUACUGUUUAAAUGCUGCUAAAAUUUUGAUAAAAUGUUCUUGGUACUCCAUUGUGACUUUUCCAUUGGUCAUUCAUACUAAAUUUAUAAUAAAAAGAUAAACAGCCCCUA